AUGGCCAGCGACCUGCAGAGAUCACCCAGAGGGCCGAGUGACCCACCCCGCAUCAGAGAACCUUUCCUGAAGACGGUCCACGCCCACGAGACCCUCCCGACGCCCCGUACGUGGGCUCAAUGCGAGUCCAUCCUCCCCAGGGAGUCCUCGGAGCUGCCCGGCUUCACCCGGCAAGACUGCCACCAGCUGGCCCUGAAGCUGCCACCCUGCACGGAAAUGAAGGCCAAGGUGCGUCAUCGACUGACCUGCCCUGGGAAGGAUGCGGCCCAGCACACCUGCGGCUUCCACACGUGGCUGCGUGUGGGACGUCUGCCGGCCACCUUCCCCUCCAGGCCCGACAGGCCCUACGACAGCAACAUCUGGCGCUGGUGGACGGAUUCCAGGGCCCACCGCCACCCCCCGGCAGAGCCCCCGCUGCCCCCUCCGUCCUGGAUGGAUCAAAACAGCUUUCCGACCUUCGUCUCCUGUACUCCUCUCUUUCUGGACGCAAAUACGAGGCACCAUGUGAUUCUCAGGACAGUGAAGGAAAUGAGAGAGGCGAGAAGGCUCAAGCUGAGGGGUGAAGUCAGGGCACCCCUGCUCGAUGCCAACGGCACAGCUGGCUCCCUCCCUCCUCAGGGAGCCAACGCAACCCACCCGUGUCCAGGGGAGCCCUCCCUCUUUCCAACUCCUCUUUCUGAUGUCUUACCGUCCCUCCUUUGGUCACCUGAAAACUCAACUCUGUCCAAACGUAGCUGGGGGGACCGGCUGGAGGCCAGGGAAUGA